AUCUCCGCCCCAUCUUCUGGGGCUGGAGGAAGGAGUGAGUGCGCAUGAGCAGAGGUUUUUUUGUUGUUGUUGUUGUUGUUGUUGUUUUUAACAUCCUACGGCGUCGCGGUGGUUCCAAGAGGCAUUUAUGGGAACCUUCCUCACAUAUCUCUCUACUGUUUUUGAGGGUUUGCAGGACUGGUGAUUGGAGUACAUUUGGGCAGGCAGUCACAGCGAUUUUGUGUGAGGAAAGGCAGCCCCGCUUGGGGUUAAUAAAUCAAGAUGAGUGAGUCCUCAGGAAGUUAUACUUACACCCAAACGUCAAUAUUAUUUUUCCACGCCAAGAUUCCUUUUGCUUCUAAGUCCAAUAUGGCAACUCUCAAGGAUCAACUGAUUCAGAAUCUUCUUAAGGAAGACCAUACCCCCCAGAAUAAGAUUACAGUUGUUGGGGUUGGUGCUGUUGGCAUGGCUUGUGCCAUCAGUAUCUUAAUGAAGGACUUGGCAGAUGAACUUGCUCUUGUUGAUGUCAUGGAAGACAAAUUGAAGGGAGAGAUGAUGGAUCUCCAGCAUGGCAGCCUAUUCCUUAGAACACCAAAAAUUGUCUCUGGCAAAGACUAUAAUGUGACUGCAAACUCCAAGCUGGUUAUUAUCACAGCUGGGGCACGUCAGCAAGAGGGAGAGAGCCGUCUUAAUUUGGUCCAGCGUAAUGUGAACAUCUUUAAGUUCAUCAUUCCUAAUGUUGUAAAAUACAGCCCAAACUGCAAGUUGCUUGUUGUUUCCAAUCCAGUGGAUAUCUUGACCUAUGUGGCUUGGAAGAUUAGUGGCUUUCCCAAAAACCGUGUUAUUGGAAGUGGUUGCAAUCUGGAUUCAGCCCGGUUCCGUUACCUAAUGGGGGAAAGGCUGGGAGUUCACGCAUUAAGCUGUCAUGGGUGGGUCCUUGGAGAGCAUGGAGACUCUAGUGUGCCUGUAUGGAGUGGAGUAAAUGUUGCUGGUGUCUCCCUGAAGAAUCUGCACCCUGACUUAGGCACUGAUGCAGAUAAGGAAAAGUGGAAAGAGGUUCACAAACAGGUGGUUGACAGUGCCUAUGAGGUGAUCAAACUGAAAGGCUACACUUCCUGGGCCAUUGGACUGUCUGUGGCAGAUUUGGCAGAAAGCAUAAUGAAGAAUCUUAGGCGGGUGCAUCCAAUUUCCACCAUGAUUAAGGGUCUCUAUGGAAUAAAAGAUGAUGUCUUCCUUAGUGUUCCUUGCAUCUUGGGACAGAAUGGAAUCUCAGACGUUGUGAAGGUGACCCUGACUCCUGAGGAAGAGGCCCGUUUGAAGAAGAGUGCAGAUACACUCUGGGGGAUCCAAAAAGAGCUGCAGUUUUAACGUUUUCUAAUGUUGUACCACUUCACUGUCUAGACUACAACAGGAUUUUUAGUUGGCGGUUGUGUAUAUUGUCCUUAUUAUCUGAUCCUUAUUCAAGUAAUAAUAUUAAAAAUGGCCUAGGAAAAACAUCAGUUUCCUAAGUUACAAAUAGGAAUGGUUCACAAAACCUUGCGGCUACAUCCUGAUGCUGGACGGUACCCAUCUUGCCUCGUCCUAAGUUGGUUAACUUAAAAUAGUUCCACCACCUCAGAGACACCACUGCCAAUGUGGCAUAUGCUGCAGUUGCUAUUCAAACCAGACGUGUAUUUACUGCGUGUUGUAUUACUUCUGGUUCCUUCACCCAACAUGCCUAGACCAACUUUUUUUUUUUUUCUCUAGCCAAUCACCUCCUGGGAUCUAAUGUAUAAAUUCAGUAUUGCAUGUAUUGUGCAUAACUGUUCUAAAGGAUCUUAUUUUGUGUCCUAUAUAAGUCAGAAUAUAGUGUACAUUGCCAUAUAAUGUAAAAAGAAAGAUCUACGUAUAAACAACGCAACCAACUAUCUAAGUGUCAUACCAACCAACUAAAAUAUCAAAUAAACUUUGAACAGUGA